UGAAAAGGUGGGCGGCGAUGAAAAUUCCCACAGUCAUGAACGCAGCAGAGAUGAUGAUGCCUCGCAUCCAUAUGACCUGCUGCUAGCACACUUCGGGCUACAGGAAUGAGUGUGUCCCGCGGACACACGGACAUUUCGCUCGUGCGUUAAGAGAAGCGGAGCGCGCGCCGGUGAGUGAAGCCCCUCCAAACGACGGUUGGACACCCGGACGGGGGAGAGAAGCGACAUGACGACGCGCUCGGAGAGGGAAAAGGCGCAGAAACUCAACGAGGAGCAUCAGACCAUUCUGUCGAAACUGCUGAAGGAGGAAGACAACAAGUACUGUGCUGACUGCGAGGCCAAAGGUCCUCGGUGGGCAUCAUGGAACUUGGGCGUGUUCAUGUGUAUCCGCUGCGCUGGGAUCCACCGGAACCUGGGAGUCCACAUAUCCAGAGUCAAAUCUGUCAAUCUGGAUCAGUGGACACCUGAGCAGAUCCAGAGUAUGGUGGAUAUGGGCAACACCAGAGCCAAACAUCUGUAUGAAGCCCACCUUCCAGAGAACUUCAGACGACCUCAGACGGACCAAGCAGUGGAAGUCUUCAUCCGGGACAAAUAUGAGAGGAAGAAGUACUAUAACAAGGAAGCCGCGGCCGCAGCUCCAAAGACAUCGGAAGCUGUUCCUUCCUCCACUUUACCUUCUUCCCAGGCUGACAGGAGCAGACCAGAGGAGCGGGAGAAGAAAAAAGAAGAGAAGAAAAGAGAGACGAAGGACUCUGAAAAAGUGGAGAAACAUAACAACACCAAGCAUUCGGAGUGCAGAUCCAAUGCCGGGAAGAUCACAGAGCCGACUGUGGACCUGCUGGAUCUCGAUGCUCCAGGGGGGGAAGGUAAUGGCUCAGAGCAAACUGCAUCCACUGCUGAUGAACUGGAUGUCUUUGGACCAAUGGUUUCCAAUCCUCUCUCUCCCAGCAAGGCACAACAGGGGCAGUCUAGUUCCAGUCCUGCUCCUCAGCAGGUGGACUCCUCCAGCUCCUCCUCUGCCUCCACCAGCACAAAGGUGAUGGAGAAGAAGCUUUUAUCAAAAGACUCCAUCCUGUCUCUUUACGCCAGCAGCUCCGUGGGCAUUCAGCCACAACAGAGCCAGCAGCAGCCUGCAGAAGGACCAGCAGGUGCAUAUGUGGGCCAGCCUCAGAUGCAGUUUGCCCCGCAGUGCUUUGGCCCCUCUACGACUGCAGGAGCUCCUCCUACUGCCAUGAUGUCUGCUAUGACGCUGAUCAAUGGGGGCUACAUGGGUCUGCAGCAGCAGCAGGGUGGGCCCCCAGCUAACCAAGGACCAAACAUGUACAACCUGCAGCAGGGUCAGCAGUGGAGCAUGAGCAUGCAGGCGUCAGGUGUGGCAGUGAGCAGUGCAGGACCCCCAGCAGCCACUUCAAACCAGUCAGGCACCUCAACAGCCGGGACCACGGCAAGUUUGGCACCAGCAGCGGGCCAGACCCUCAGCAAUCAGCUGUGGAAAUGAGGACGUCGCGAAGACGAGGUGAUGCCCGCAACCGAGAGCAGAGAACGCGAUACAGUGACAGCCCCUCUGUCCCAGAACCAACUCGCCUUUACUGUGGUUCCUUAAGCGGACCAGGAGGACAUUAUAAUGAACAGAGUGAGGAAACACAUUCCUGCUGUCUCCUGUCUUUGUUUUACGUUUGUCCUCCUUCUUUGUAGUUGUCAGAAAAAAUGCAAAAGUGAUGAAGGGUGUUGGGUCAACAGCUCCAAGUUGUUGUGGUGUGUUAACAUUAGCUUUUGUGGUAACUAAAAUGGACAAUUAGUGAGUAGUGCUUCAUUAUCAAGAGUAGUUAUGGAUAUUUUGUGGUUGGUCUGUGCUACCCCACCCUCAGCUUUCUCUACAGCGUGUAUUGUAGCCCCCCCCACCUCUGCAGAUUGUCUGAUCAUUGUGGGGUUCCUGUGAAAAUGGAGGGGCCUCCCAAGUUUUAGACUUAAAGAAAAAAAAGGUAAACUCAUGCGACUUUCUGUUUAAAAAAAAAGAGGAAAAGAUAGAUAAGGAUUUCUGUCAAAACAGAUCUAAUAUGAAUUUAAAUCUGCUCAAACUGUAAUGUUAUUGCAUGUUUUUCCUGGAAAAGGACAGAUUCAAGCCGAAUGACACUUCUGUACUUCUAUUUCAGCUGCUGAAACAUUGUGGUGAGGUAAAGAAGCGGUUUCCAAUUACAAGACUCAUAAUACUCUGGGGUAGUAACUACAAAAAAAGAUGCUUUACACCAUUUAGAUGAGUAAAAGUUCUACACAGGUGGAACAAACUCUCUUAAAAAUAGGUAGAAAACAAAAAUCAAAAGUUUAACUGGUUACACCUCUCCAGCUGUUAAUGUCGAUGCAGAUCUUUGCCUGUCAUGAUCUUUGUUAAUUGCAUUCAAAGCCAGACAUUCAUGUGAAGCUCGUUGGUCAUCAGGGAGGCUCCUGAAACACUCAGCGGAACUUCACAUUAUACAAAGUCAAGAAAAACAUUUACAGUGUUUUACUCCUAUUUAGAAAACUGUAAGAAUGUAGUACUAAUGUACUAAUCCUGUACACUUUAAGGCAAUAGUGACCUUUCCUAGGUAUAACUCAAAUCAUCCUUUAGAAAAACAUCUUAAGGUAUGACACUCAUCUGUCUUUGCAUUGUAAAAAUGUCAAGGUGUACAUAAUGUAUGCUUUAUUCACGUACUUUAUAGUAAAUGAUUAGUAUUGUACAAACUACGUAGACAACUAAAGGCAGUUGACUUGAAGACGAGGUAAAAAUUAAACGAUUAAAUCAAAAGGAUCAGAUUUUUAUCUAAACUUAGCAAAGAAAAUCCUUCUCUGUUAAAAUUGCUAUUAAGUGUUAAGAAAUGAUCAACUUUUACUUCUGCCAAAAAAUAACAAUUGAGAUCCUCUCCUCAGAGAUAAGAUCUUAAGAAAGCUCACUAACCAAGCAAAAUGACCAUUUCACUUAUGAACCUACCUGACAACAUCUUUUGUGAAAACAAAGCGUUUCUAUAGUAUUUUUCCUCUUCACCCAUUUUCUGCAGUUACUCCAUCUUUGCUAGAAUUCUGACAACAUCAAAGCAUUCAGCCGCAUUCUGAGAAUAACUCCACCUCGCUGUCAGCAAGACAUGCUUUUGUACAAUAAAAAUCCUGUUAACCUUAAGAAAAAAAAGUUCAUUUCUCAGGAAAACUUUAAAAUAAUUUGUGUUAUCUUUGAUAGGUUACUAAAUAUAUGCAUCUGUUUUUUUUCUUUGUUUUUUGUUUUAAACAGCAGGACCGUCUGUGUAUUUCUACUCUCUAAGGUGCUGGACUCUGUCCUCUGUCUAUGUCAGUCAAAGCAUCACUCUGUCAUGAAGUCUAAGAUCAAUAUUAAGACAAAUUUCACCCAAAACCUGAAGUGUUCUGCAAGCAGAGAGAGGAGCUGAAUAUGUGAGGUGGUUCUGUCUGUGUUAAGGAAUAGAAAAUGACACCAGUUUACUUGUUUUUUUUAUGGUGGUGAUCAUUGGAUCUCAGGAUGAUGCAAUGCCUGCAAUACUAAAUACAUCACCAUAUGGCAAUUCUGCUAUAACUGAUAAAUUGUUGUAGGACGAUCCCUGUUGAACACCACUGAUCAAAAAAAAAACAUAAAGUGGUUGUAAAUGUGAAGCAUCACUGACAUCUGUCAGUGUCCUGCUGGGCCUAGCCUGGUUUCCAACUGAACCUAGUUUUGUUGAGACAAAAUUCCAAUAAGAGGACUUUGAAUUCAAUUCCUGGAAAACUUAAACAAAAUGAUUUAUGCAUAGAUAACAGAGAACAGGAAAACACAACUGUCAAGAGCUGGAAAGUCUAAGUCAAUAUAGGAAAAGGGAAUAGAAAGAUCACAGGGGUUCUGUGUGUGAAGCGUCUGCUUGUGAAAAAGAGAGAGCCCUUAAAAUGGUUGUUUUUUUUUAGCUCCUCGCUUUUGUGUCACAGAAACUGUUCGCAUGGGAAUAAAUUCCGGUGCAGGCGUCAUAGACCGUUUAAUUUUGUCUCUGAGAGCCAAAACACUGAGAGAAAUAUUUGAUAUUUAUGCAACCUGUGAAAAGAAAUUCCUCCUGACAUGGACAGAAAGACCCAAAUGUCUUCAGGUAAAUAGAAGCUGUGGUUUUUCCAGGUAUCUUUGUCUUUUGUUUGCCCACUUUUUUGUAAUGCUGUGUCUGUAACUAAAGGAUAUUUUUAAGCUCAGUGAGAUACAUUGGAAAAUUUGUUUGGAAAUGUUCUAUUUACAAAUGUAUUUACUAAUUAUGUCUUUAAGCCUUUCUUUAUUAAAGAUAAACUGAAAGAAAAAAAAGUCAAAAAGAAGGUCAAAACAGGGUAAUGGCAUCUCAGCAAAGUCGACUUUGAAACGUAUCAAGAUUUCUAAAUUGGUUUGAUUAAAGUCCACUCCAAUCAUCUUUUGAUCUAUUGUUAAAGCGUUCCCAGUGGUCUUUUUUUAUGGUUAUGCUGUUUUCAGCCAAAAUCAAAGAACCUGUGUCGUUUUCUAGGACAUCGUUUCUUCAGAGCGGCAAGAGUUCCCUAGAAACUCACCUGUGCGUUGUGGGUGGGAUUGUUGAGCAAGCCCGCCCCCUUUUCCCUCCCCACUGCUGAGAGCUUGGAGCAGGGAUUGUAUUUUCUGUCACAAACAACGUCUUUCAAACUGCCAUUUUCAUCUGCUCCUGAUUCAUGAUUUGCAUAGAGAAAUAUUUAGAAAUACAAAUUUGAGCCUUUGUGUUAUCUUUAUGUUCAUCUUUAUCCAUCCUUUCCUAAUAAGUUUCUGUAUAAUUUUAAUCCAGAAAAACGCCACAAGAACAUGUUAAAAAAAACUAAAUCACAAUUUUCAUUGGAGUGGGUCUUUAAUGUCAUCCCAAAGAGCCAUGCUGUAAGCAAAGAAAUAUAAUCAGAGCACCUUAUUAUCAUAACUUUAAGCUUGAGCUGUGCAUAUUUUAUCAUGUUCAGUUAUCAACAAAUGGAAACAAUUUUUUCCUCGCCGUACAGUCCAGAGUCGCCCACAACUCCCAACGUCUAGUUUUCCGUUGGUCAGCUGCCUGCGGCUGUUUUCUAGUGACUCAUUCGACUCUGACAGCCAUUUCCCCAAAAUCGGAUUUAAACCAUAAAGUUCUUCACCGCCAGCGUACCAGGAAUCACAGCAGCUGGUUGUCUCUCACUUUGUGGUUUUGCCUUUCAGGUUUUGUCAGGAAGCAGCUCAGAUGACAAAACCUUUGGUCUGACUCCAGCUGUUUGCACCUUUGUCUUAACAAGUUUCCUCCUCAACUAUUUCCUCCCCGUGCUGUAAAGGAAUCUGUAACGUUCGGCUUUCCGCCAUGUGUUGUGCUGUUUGUUGUGUGUGUACUACAAGAGAAGCACAGUUAGCUUCCUGGGUUUCCCAGCAGAAGCUGCCAGGACUUCAGGAAAAAAACAACCUAGUAUGAAGGUCAUGAGAGUGUCUCCUGUUAAGUCCCGAAAAAGAUCUCAGAUGCAGAGACUCGUUCAUCGAACAGGCAAUAACUGAAACCCACUCUGCUGUUUCUGAGAGACAAAAGCACAACAAUGUUUUUCAGAGGAGAUCAAUAAACACACGUCAAAUCAA